CUUUCACCGGCCGGUUUUGCGAAGUGAACGUUGAUGACUGUAAGGAACACCGGUGUCAGAACGGCGGCACUUGUGUGGACCGGGUCAGCAGCUACGAUUGUAAAUGUCCCCCGAUGUGGACUGGCCAUUACUGCACGGAGGAUGUGGAUGAGUGCCAGCUGCAGCCCAAUGUGUGCCAGAACGGGGGCACGUGUACCAACACGGAUGGGGGCUUCAGCUGCAUCUGCGUCAACGGCUGGUCUGGCCAGGACUGCGGAGAGAACAUCAAUGACUGUACCGAGACCUCCUGUGCGCACGGUGCCACCUGCCACGACAAGGUGGCAAACUUUGUGUGCGAGUGCCCGCCUGGUAAAAAAGGUCUGUUCUGCCAACUGGAUGACCCAUGCAUCAAUAACCCGUGCCACGAGAAUGCAGUGUGCGAGAUGAACCCACUAACAGGAGAAGCCAUGUGCCAGUGUCCUCUCGGCUUCACAGGACUGUCGUGCAAGCAGGACAUUAACGAGUGCUCGAUGGAUGCCAAUCCCUGUGAGCUCAACGGGCGCUGUGUGAACAAUGUGGGCUCUUUCGAGUGUCGCUGCCUGGCAGGAUACACGGGCGCGCGAUGUGAGCUGGACAUCAAUGAGUGCCGGUCCAAUCCCUGCAGGAAUGAGGCCACGUGCCUGGAUCAGAUCGGCGAGUUCAAGUGUAUCUGCAUGGCUGGAUAUGAAGGCCUGUUCUGUGAGAUCAACACUGAUGAAUGCCAAAGUUAUCCCUGUCUGAACAACGGGGUCUGUCAGGAUCUGGUGAAUGGCGUGCACUGCCUGUGCCCUCCAGGAUUCACUGGGCAGCGAUGUAGCAUCGACAUCGACGAGUGCUCCAGCACGCCUUGCUUCAACGGAGGAAAGUGUGUCGAUGGCCUUGGGCACUACCACUGCGAGUGUCCUGAAG